CCUCAACCAUAACUCGGUUAUUAUAGGUACAGGUCUUUGCUAACCUUUUGGUUCUUCUUUUAGUCAAAAUAAAUACAGAAACCAUCAUGGGUAUGAUGAGAGAGAAGUUGAAAAGGAGGGGAGAUCCACGUUCACAUUUUUUUUUCUUUUUCUCUCUCUAAAACAUUCCUUUCUUUUCACUGAUCUUUGAAUCUGGUAAGACUCAACUUCAACCGUUUCUGUUCAACUUUGAUCUUCCUCCAUAUCACAGUGUCAAAGGGAGAAAGAAAAUUUAAAAAAGACCCACCUUAAGGGGAAAAAAGGAACAGUGGUUUUGGUUUCUUUGACUGCACCACAAAUUGUGGGGUGUCUCCAAAUCAUUGUUAUCUCACUUUUGUCUGCCAAAGUUAGGGUCUUUAGAAUUAGCGUUUGCUUGCACAGUCUAGCUUUUCGAGAUUUAUGAUUAGGGUUUUGGAGGGGUGAGUGGUUGUGGGUGGUGUUGGGAUGGCGAGAAAGUGAGGAAAAAUGUGGCUGGUGGUAGUGGGGGGAGUAAAUGAGAGAUUUUGAGAGAUGGGGUGUGCGUUUGGGAGAGAGUCUUCGAGGGAGGAGAGGAGAGAGGAAGUGAGAGAGGCAAAAGCUGAGGUGAGUAGAGCAGAGGUGGUUGAGAAUGAGAACAUUGAGAAGGAGAAGGAGAAGGAGGGUGAAAGAGAGGAGAAGAGGACAAGGGCAAGGGGAGAGAGGAGGCGAUCUUCGAAGCCGAAGCCGAAUCCGAGGUUGAGCAACCCACCUAACCAUGUUCAUGGUGAGCAGGUUGCAGCAGGGUGGCCCUCCUGGCUCUCUAAGGUUGCUGGUGAAGCCAUCAACGGAUUGACGCCUCGGAAAGCUGACACCUUUGAGAAGCUUGAUAAGAUCGGGCAAGGUACAUACAGCAAUGUUUACAAAGCUAGGGAUUCCUUGACGGGAAAAAUUGUUGCUCUAAAGAAGGUCCGUUUUGACAAUUUAGAGCCUGAAAGUGUGAAGUUCAUGGCUAGAGAGAUUUUGAUUCUCCGUCGUCUAGAUCAUCCCAAUGUCAUCAAACUUGAAGGCUUAGUGACUUCUAGAAUGUCGUGCAGUUUAUAUCUUGUAUUUGAAUACAUGGUGCAUGAUCUGGCUGGACUUGCCACAAACUCGGCAAUUAAGUUCACGGAAUCUCAGGUAAAAUGUUACAUUCAUCAGCUAUUUUCUGGACUGGAGCACUGUCACAACCGUCAUGUGCUGCAUCGUGAUAUAAAGGGGUCAAACCUUCUUAUUGAUAAUGAUGGAAAUCUUAGGAUUGCUGAUUUUGGAUUAGCUUCCUUUUUUGAUCCUCAUCACAAGCACCCUAUGACUAGUAGAGUGGUUACAUUAUGGUAUCGACCUCCAGAACUUCUUCUUGGGGCUACUGAAUAUGGUGUAGGAGUGGACCUCUGGAGUGCUGGCUGCAUUCUUGCUGAAUUAUUGGCUGGAAAGCCUAUUAUGCCUGGUCGAACGGAGGUGGAACAACUACACAAGAUAUUUAAGCUAUGCGGUUCUCCUUCUGACGAAUAUUGGAAGAAAUCGAAGUUGCCACAUGCUACCAUUUUUAAGCCCCAACAGUCAUACAAGCGGUGUAUUGCAGAGACGUUUAACGAUUUUCCUCCAUCAUCCCUGCCGCUUAUUGACACCCUUCUCUCAAUUGAUCCAGAUGAACGUUUGACUGCCACUGCUGCGUUGCAUAGUGAAUUCUUUACAACAAAACCAUAUGCCUGUGAUCCCUCUAGCCUUCCAAAAUAUCCUCCCAGCAAGGAGAUGGAUGCAAAGCUACGGGAUGAAGAAGCUAGAAGAUUGAGAGCAGCUGGUAAAGCUAAUGUUGACGGUGUCAAGAAAUCUCGUCCUCGAGAGCGAGCUGGGCGGGGAAUUCCAGUUCCAGAGGCCAAUGCUGAACUGCAAGCAAAUAUUGAUAGACGGCGGCUGAUCACACAUGCAAAUGCUAAGAGCAAGAGUGAAAAGUUUCCUCCUCCUCACCAAGAUGGAGCUCUAGGCUAUCCACUGGGUUCUUCACAUCACAUGGAUCCAGUUUUUGAUCCUCCUGAUGUUCCAUUUAGUUCCACAAACUUCUCACAACCUAAAGCAAACAUCCAAACCUGGUCAGGCCCAUUGGUAGAUCCUGCUAAUGGGGGCGCACCAAGGAGAAAGAAGAAACAUGGAAAAUGAUGCCCAUCAAAUCAUCAAAGGAAGACUUAAAAAAACAAGAAUGCUAUAAGAGUCAAAGAAUAUUCUUGUUGUAUAACACCAAUCAUUUUUUAGAAGUAUUCAUGAUGAAGCUGCAAAUCUUGCUGACAUGAUGUCUGCCCUCCAGUUGCUAAAGCCAAUGACAUUGGAGGUAAACCAAAUUGUAUUUUCCUGCUCCCAUUUCUCUCUCAAAUGAUCAGAGGUUUAUUCCCUUUCUUGUAUAUCGUUUUUUUUUUCUUAUCAAAGUUCAAUUAGGUUAGAUGAACACCUAAUAAGUAGGUUUUGGAACAGUGUUGGCGGUUUAUAUUUCUCCCUAAUUUUUUUUUCAUUAUUUUCUACUUUCCAGAAGCCUGUGAACUGUGCAGUACUUAUACACAACGUUCUUUAUGAUUUUUGGUUUCUUUAUACAAUUCCCAAUUACAAAUUUUGUUGAUUACCUUAAAAGAAACAUGGUGAUUCUGUCAUUUUACAACGAAUACUGAUGUGGUAUCUAGUUGUAUCAGUGAAAUUAUUUCUAUUUGGUUGGUGGUGCUUUGGAAGAAACAUCAGAAAUUCAAUCAUAACUAUUACGUUUGCAUUUAGAUCACUGGAUGGACGUGGCAAUCGUGUAUAAUCGAAAAGUAAAAUUGGAUUAAAAUGGUUUGUUUAAGUGAGAAGAAAACCCAAUAAUUGCUUGGGUUCUAGUUGGAGGAAUUGCAAAGUUUGUGUUUUUUCAGAGAAAUUUAUGGACUAUUUUUUUCAGAGAAAUUUUCUCUACCUUUUUGAAGACUCAUCGUCUGCUAAAGUUUAUGCUUUUUCAUUAGAUCAAACUUCCUGUAAGAUGGAGUUGACCUUUAAAUAUAGAAUGUUUAAAAAUUUGAAGGAAAGUCUCUGAACUCGACAAAAUCUAUGUUGAACUGGACCAAUAUACCAUGAAAAAUGCAAUACCAAUGGUUUGUUGGAUUGAGUUACGCAAUACUAAAUAAAAGGUAAUGAUUAUCCAGAAUCUAUUGACUAUUGUCCGCAGCAUUGAGUAGAAAGAAAUCAAGAUUGUCAAUUAGAGUUAGAACCGACACCAUAUUACUUUCUUUUUCUCAUUUGAAUUGCUUUAUUUUCCUUUUCCCAACUCAUAAUCCUACCUCCUUCCCUUUAUGUGGGGUUCCUUGGGUCAAAUCGUUGCACACUGUUUGAGUUUGGUGUGGGAUGAGACACAGCAACGUGCCUAGGCGAGUUCAGCUACCCUUCCACGUCAAGUUUGAUGAAUGAUCAUGCUCAUCUCUGAACUUUUGUACACCAAAAAAUGUUUUUCGUUCAUUGCCAAAACCUGUUGCCAUUUAUAAUUCAUGUCUCCCCCCACGACAGAAAAGGGUAGGUUGAAUAACCGUUGUGUCUGAGUGACAGUUAGACUCCACUUUUCCUCUAAGGUGUUUUAAGAACACUGUGGCAACCACCAAUCAAAUAUUUUGGUUGUCUGUAUAUAAAUUGCCAAAUGUCUAUAAGAUUCAGCCCUGUCUUUUCCUUUAAGAGAAUUUAAGUGCGUGACAUCCUCAACAAUAGUAAAUAGGUGUGUGUUUGGUUCAUCUUCAGCAAGCAAGGUAAGAAUGAGACUACCGGAGGAACCUGGGCCUCCAGAAUAUCCAGGUUCAUGUCCCGGACCACCUUCGGUUCUUGGCAACUUCUUCAAUGGACUCUGUAGUUCCAUAUACUCUUGUGCUGCAUUCACAGUUUCUAUGUAGUAUGCUGUUGCUGGUUGCUGCAAGAUUGUUUUGGCGCACCACCUGAACCACCAUCAAUUGGAGUGGCUCCACCACAAGCUCCGCCUAUUCCUCCACCACCAGCCCCUGAGCCUUUUCGGCCUCCUCCUUGCCCUCUAGUUGUUUCAAUUGGACCUCCUGAUUGGCCCACCAGUGGCCCACCGGGCUCUCCUCGGGGUAGUCCACCAGGACUUCCACACCCUUAUUGGGAAUAAAAACUUGUUUUUUUUAUCUGUUUUAACCAACUUCUUCCUAAAUAUUUUACUGUUACAGAAAAUCACAAAAAGAAAUCAAAUGAAUUACUUGUUAACUCCA